CGAACCGACGGAGCGGCACGCCGCGCAGCACGGACGCCGCGCUGCACCCACACCGCGCACUCCCGGCAACACGCGCGCGCGCGCACGGACGGAGCUGUUUAUGGUCGAUGUUUUCUUUAAUCAGAUCCCAUUUUUGCGGGUGAGAAUCGAGGAGGGGUGGAAGAAGAAGAGGAAGAGGAGGAAGAGGGAAGAGGAGGAGGAGGAGGAGGAGAAGUCCGCCGCCGCGGCUCUGAGGAAGCGACAAAGCGAGUCAUCAUGUGAGAGAACUUACGGGGGAAACGGACAAAAGGGCUGGAAUACCGAGCGGAAUAGAAAGUAAAAAGGGCGUGAGCGGAAUGUCCGUGGAUGAGAAGCCUGAAGCCCCCAUGUACGUGUAUGAGUCGACGGUUCAUUGUACCAAUAUCCUCCUCUGCCUCAACGACCAGCGGAAGCAGGAUAUCCUGUGCGAUGUGACUGUCCUGGUGGAGGGCAAGGAGUUCCGAGGGCACCGGGCCGUGCUGGCCGCCUGCAGCGAGUACUUCCUCCAGGCGCUGGUGGGCCAGGCGGAGAAUGGCCUGGUCGUCAGCCUUCCUGAAGAGGUCACUGCCAGGGGAUUCGCUCCAUUGUUGCAGUUUGCCUACACUGCUAAGCUGUUACUCAGCAGAGAAAACAUCCAGGAGGUCAUCCGCUGUGCCGAAUUCCUGCGCAUACACAACCUGGAGGACUCGUGCUUUCGCUUCCUGGAAGCCCAGCUGCGUAGCGAAGAAGACAGCUUGCUGCCCUGCCACAAGGUGGCGGCAGAGGCCAACAACUCCGAGGAUGAGAGCAUGCAGUCAGAGGCGGAGAGGCCGGCGUCCCCCAGGGCGAGGCACUGCGCAGACGGCCUUAACUCCUUUCAGCGGCCCGACGACGAUCGGCUAGCGAGCGCCACGCCCGGGAACUUUACGGACAGCCGGCUGGACUUCGAUCGACACGGAGCGUCAGAUCUGCCUCGAUGCCCCAAGUACAGGAAAUACCAGUGGGCUUGCAACAAGCACAAUAAUGACACCUCCUCACACACCAGUACCUCAGGUUUUCCAAGCACAUUGAAGGAGAGCGGCGUUGGCGGCGCGGCGCCGGGUCCGGGCAGGCUGCCGCUGGCGCAGAUCAAAGUGGAACCGCAGGCAGAGGAAGAGGCCGCAUCGCUGUGCCUGUCGGGGGACGAGCAGGACGGCAGGGACAAGGACGGCACGGCGGCCAUGGAGCUGGACAAGCCCGUGACUGUGGAGAGAACCAAGAGAACCAAGUUCCCCUCCUGUCUCCGAGCCUUCUUCAAGAAAGGGGUGGACCUCCCCGGUCUGCCCAACACUUCCCAGCAGCUAAUCGCCAACAGACUUGUCUGUCCCCAGGACAAGGGAAACUCUCAGGGAGAUCACAAAAAAGACUUCAGGCCUUUCACUGGGGAGCUGGGUCUGUCUGUUGCAUCCCCAAAGGAGGUGGACGGUUUCCCUGCAGGGUUGUCCCUCAAGUCAGCUUCCUGUGACGGAGUCUGCAAACAGGAAGUUGAGCUAGACCGCCGCAGUGUCAUAUUUUCCUCAGGGGCCUGCAACCGUCUGGGACCCCCAGCGCAUUCCUACCCCGGUGGGAACUCUCUGGAAAUGGAGCUCCCGGAGCACAUGACCAAGGGCCUGUGGGCGGGGGCCAGCCAGUCCCUCCCCUCCUCGCAGACGUACUCCCCCGGCGCCGCCUCCUCCGAGCCCCCGGUCCUGUGCCGCCCCCGGCCCAACACCAGCUGCCCAGUGCCAAUCAAAGUAUGCCCCCGCUCGCCGCCCUGCGAGACGCGCACCAGGACUUCCAGCUCCUGCUCCUCCUACUCCUACGCGGAGGACGGCAGCGGAGGAUCCCCCUGCAGCCUGCCCCAGUUCGAGUUCUCCCCCUCGCCCUGCUCCAACGUGGCGCGCUGCCUCAACGUGGACCAGCAGGAGCCCGGCCUGGGCGGGGACGCCCUCUUCAACCAGGUGCGGCCCAAGAUCAAGUGCGAGCAGUCCUACGGCACCAACUCCAGCGACGAGUCGGGCUCCUUCUCGGAGGGAGACAGCGAGUCCUGCCAUGUGCAGGAGCAAGGGCCAGAGGUCAAGCUUCCUUUCCCAGUUGAUCAAAUCACAAAUCUUCCACGGAACGACUUCCAAAUGUUGGUGAAAAUGCACAAACUAACCUCGGAGCAGCUGGAGUUCAUCCACGACGUGAGGCGGCGCAGCAAGAACCGCAUCGCGGCGCAGCGCUGCCGCAAGAGGAAGCUCGACUGCAUCCUCAACCUGGAGUGUGAGAUCAGAAAACUGGUGUGUGAGAAGGAGAAGCUGCUGACGGAGAGGAACCAGCUGAAGGCGUGCAUGGGCGAGCUGUGGGAGAACUUCUCCUGCCUGUCCCAGGAGGUGUGCCGGGACGUCCAGCUCAGCCCCGAGCAGGUCCAGUCCCUGCACCACUACUGUCCCGUGCUGCGGCCCGCCAACUCCACUGCCAGCAACAACGCUGCCCACGAGCCCAGGAAGCGCACCCUCAGCAUCCCCGCCGCCGCCGCCGCCGCCACCAGCAUCGACCUCACCGGCUCCCGCUCCGGCUCGGCCACGCCGGAGCCCAGCUUCCACGGCUCGCCCGGCCCCUCGGAGAGCGAGCCCGACACGGCCGUCAGGAACGGGGCGGACAGAGACACGGACGCCAGCAUGUACGCCAAGUCUGAGCUGUCCGCGGAGAACUCCAGCCAGACGGUAACGGUGGAUUUCUGCCAGGAGAUGACUGAGAAAUGUACAACGGACGAGCAGCCGAGGAAGGACUGUGCUCAGUAGUGGUGGUUCUCUGUUCUCGUUUUGGAUGUUUGUUUUUUAUUAUUUAAUUUUACUCUUCUGACAAACCCUCUCUCGGGGGUGUUGAGACGGUCAGCCUCUGCCAGUGUUCACUGAAAACAAGCUUUGUUUGUAUUUAAGUCUUUUUGUGCUAUCUGUUUGUCGUUUUGUUUCGUUUGGUUGGGGUUUUGUUUGUUUUUUUGAACGGUUGACACUAAAGUUGUCUUAACAGCAGCAAUACUGUUCUCCAGGUAUUCUCCUCUCACCAGGACAGAGUGGGAUCUCCUCACCAAACCCCUUACGAUGGUGCUAUACUCGCCCCGGCAGCAACUUCUCACAGCGGAGACGUCACACACCACAACUCCAAGUCAAACCUCAUCGGACCUAAACAGCAGCUCUCGUUGUCUCUCCGUGUACCAACAGCAUCUCUGUCUCUGCCUUCUUUUUAUUUCUCUUUUCUUUUCCCACUCUGUCUCUAUCAAUCUCUUCUACCUCUUUCUGUCCCACUCUUUCUCUUCCCAGCAAACACUCGGCGUCAGGGAGACGUUCAGAUCAUUUCUGUUUGACGUACGUCGGUCCAAAGCCACUGUUGACCUCUGACGGAUGUCCGACGCCGGUUCGGUAUUGGAAUGUUCCGGUGGGACAUUCGACAGGUGAACAUUCAAGAGUUCAGUGUCUCAAAUUCUGGAUGGAACCACUGCUGGGUACCUGGUGAACAUCCAACAAUGGUUCAGUGUAUGGAAGUCAGACUGGGACCAGUUUGGACCCCUGCUGGGUUUCUGGUGAGGAUCCGACGCUGGUUGAUUGACUGACGGUCCGGGCCCGGCCCCAGCUGGACCAUUAUUGGAUGUUUGGUCGAUUUUCUCAGCCGGUCCAGUUAAUGGUUCAGUCUCAAGACAUUGGGCUGUGCAGUCCUUGCUGGACAUUUGAUGAACAGACAAUAAUAGUUGGACAUCUGAACCUUCAGAUUGGAACGGCUUUUUGCUGGUCCAGUGAAUGUGAAGUUUCUGCAUGUUCAGGUGGAACCACUGUUGAAUGUUGGAUUUCCAACACUGGCCUCAUUCUGGAAUCCUGGAAAGAUGUUAAAUUAGCCUUGAAGAAGGACGGGUAAAAGCCUCGCCUGUUCGCUUCACCCGUCGGUGCUCCUCAGUGGCGUUGGGCUGACGUCCGCCGGGCGCGUCUUUGCUCAGUGGCUUUCGUUCUCGUUUCUUCUCUUACUAUAUCUCAGUGGCCCUUUUUGUCACAGCAAUUCAAACUCAGGAAAAAGACAAAAUCCUCUGAAUGUUCAACCUAAUCCAUGAAAAAUGAGAAAAUCAGCUUCUGCAUAUAAGGAAGUUGAGAUGCAGUGAGACUGUAAAAUGUUCAUAUGCAAAAAUGUCUUCAAGCGUCUCGCAUUUGUAUUUCUGUACAGGAGAACGUUGUACAGGCUGUAAACCGAAAACAUUCCUCCUAUGCCUUCCACAGCACUGAAUCGAAAGGAAAACAAGGCUUUUGCAGGCGGCUAAAUGGCUAUUUUUGUUUCCCACUCAUCAGCAAUACCAUUGUAUUUGGAUGUUGUAACGGUGACUUUCAAGUGCUUGUUUGGCAGAAGUGUAAAUAGUCCGGAGCAUGAUGACUGUAACCGUGGUUUUUGUACAGGUAGAGGCUUAGAUGUUUCUUUUGAUUUUUUCCACCGGGGUUAUAUCAAGCACCUUUUCGCUAAGGGAAGAAUCUUUGCUUUGCUGUUUCCUGUCCUGCCUAACGAAUGCUCCCCCGUUAUGGUGGCGGGUGUUCUUCUACUCAGGAAAACAGCUGGUUUCACACGUAGACAUUCACACAACAGUACAUGACAGACACACACUUCCAGCCCUUCACGAGCCCUUCGCAUGGCUCCGCCCAGCUCCUGUCACUCCUCUUUAAAUGUGAAAAUGACUUGUUCCUUGUGGCUUUCGAUUCUUUUGUUGAGAGGAGAAAAUCUUAUUUCCCAUCAGUAUUUAGGAUUGCUAAUUAUGUUCACUCUUCGGGUGAUAUUUGAUGUUUGCAGAUAACAAAAAAUUGACCGUGGACAAUAUGACAUUGACAAAAACAAUGAAAGAAAAGGGUAACAUUUGUGGUUAUCACUGAUAACCAUUAAUUCAAUAAUGUUAACUAAUCAGCUAUGAAUAUUGGUUAACAGGAUUCAUCAUAAUGAUAUGUGUGCAAUCAAAGAGACCAAACAUGAAGUAUUGUUGGAGUUAACUGGUUUGUAGCUUCAUUCGUUCUAAAUUCACCUUUGAACAAAAAGUCUAUUCUGAAGUGUUGGAAUUCAGGCACUUUGUUUUCAGGCCCAGGCGCUCAGAGCCAUUCAGCACUUCGGUGAAGGUUUUUCUCCUCACGCCUUUGAAACUGGAGCACUUAAAUUGGCACUUAAAAGAGGAAACACCUCAAUGAUAUGAUCAUAAAUUUAAAAAAAAAUCAAGUCUAUGAAGCAUCUAAAACUGAAACACAGAAAAGGAAGUUACUGUUUUAGUAAAUUAGUGUUUUUGCGCCCUGUGUUUCUGUUUCUUUAGGAAUGGAAUAAGCUGACUCACAGUUCAUUUUGACGUGAAAGCAGUGUAUGUGUUGUCCAAAUGAUUGAGUAACAAUCAUAUAAGAUAGUAAGAUGUUUGCCCUGAUCGUGCAUUUGUUCGAACAUCCUACUUUGUGAUGUGCAUGCAUGCUGCCUAUAGCUAUAAGCCUAGUUAGUUGGUCUUAGCUUCUGUUUUGCCUUGUAAGUUCUCUCUGGAGCAGUCUGCUUUUAAAAUGCUAUUUUUUAAAAAAAAGAAUAACGUUUGUGUAUAGAGAGUCUGAAUGGUGUCGAGCUGUCCGAGGCUUCGACGUACGAGCAGGGUGCCCCGCUCCAGCACAACGGCUGAGUUUCACUGGGAACCGAGACGUGACGCUCGUUUCUUUUUAAAGCCCCAAUCCAAACUGCUCUGUUAGCAUCACCGACGCUAACCUGAAGCGCUUUGUAAAAACCUCUGUUUCUUUCAGUUUCUUCAUACCUUAAAAGAAACAGGAAUCUGCUGCAGUACUUGCUGUUAAAAUUCAAAGCCUCAACAGAAAAAAGCACUGAAAAAGAGCCCGAAGCUCCAGAGCAGGUCUGAAUAUAAUCAUCAUGUGUUUAUGGGCCAGCUCAAGAUUUAGCAAUAUCGACUCUAUUGACGUUCUUUACUGAGUCUGAAGCUUGAAUACACCCAUAUCCAGGAGGUUAUGAUGGAAGGAGAGCCUGGUUUCAAGACCAAAACCUUUAAAAUACCUGAUAAACAACCUGAAAAAUGGAUAUUUGAAUGUAGACACUUCAGACUCAUCACUGUAAAUGUUUUUUAGGUAAUGUUGAGCAUGAAUCUCAUGCAAACACAACAAGAAAACCCAAGCUGCUUUCAGAAAGCUUCAAAUGAGCCCGAAACAUUCAGGGCAAAGGUUCUCAAAAAGCAGAAAACUAAGUUAAAACCUCAAUUAAUCACUCAAAGUUCCACCAAAUUGUGAAGGAGACUGUCUCCUCAAGUUUGACGGAAGAAAACAAAGCAGUUCAAUGUCUUUCAGAAAAUAAAUUGACACAAGUUUAAGGCAAAAAAGCCAUUUUUUUUUAGAACACAUGAGAAGAUUUACAGCUUUUCGGUUCACAUCUCUGCGGCGACCUGAUCCAGCAACGCCGUCUGCAGUGACUUUUGUUUGCGUUUGUCACCUGUUAGCCUCCAGAAUGUUGCAGACACGUUAUAAAGCGCCUCAUUGUUUUCUCCUUGAAAUGUACUUCAGAGUAAGACUGACGAGUAAUAUGGGCUCGUCUGAAUUCACGCCUGAGGUUGAAGUUUCUCCAGGAAGUGCUGCAGCAGAUCUUUAAGCCACAGACCGCUUUCUGUUAGCCUCCGCGGUCAGUUCAGAGCAAUAAAAGUCCCGUUUCCAGCAAUCCAGGUGAUCCUUACACAGCCAAAUGUCGGGUUGGGGCUUUAAACCUGAGAUGACAUUUCUCAAAGAUACCCUGCCCCGCCCUGCCCCACCCCGCCCUGCCCCACCCUGCCCCACCCUGCCCCGCCCUGCCCCACCCUGCCCCACCCUGCCCCGCCCCCCUCACUUUUUUACGAUGUAAAUUUUAGAUGUUCUUUAAAAUAAGAUCCCUUGUGUGAGCCGGACAGGGCCACUCUUAAAGUGUAUUCAUCAAAUCCUCCUUAAAUGUUUAAAGAAGACCACUCCCUAUUUUAAUUUUUUGCUGAAUACGCAGACCCGCACACACACACACACACACACACACACACACACACACACUGAUCCAUACCACAUAAGCACACGGAAACAUGCGCAGCCUGAGUGGAGCAGCUGUGAUCGGUUGGCUUUCUGUGGGUUUUGUUCUGCCCUCUUUCUUUCUGAUCUGUGAGCUCUUUCCUGACACCGAGCAGGAUUUACCCAUGUCCACAGGUAUCAGGUGCAAACCCAGAAACUGCAUGUAAAAGCCGUUACAGAUGAUUGUUCUCUGCCGUCUCUGGCUCUCCGGCCUGAGGACGUCUGCUGUUGGCCUGACCACGUCCCCUGAUAGUUAUUUUAAUCAGUUCAACCAACCUUUGGAUCUGUGAACUGAGGAGACUGAUCCGGGGACACGUGAAAACCUCAUCAGUUCCCUUUUUAUACAGAAACGUUUUCAAGUGAAAAUAGUUCAGACACCAGCGUCUGGUCCUGAACAUGGAAAGCGUCCUGCUUGUGGAGUGAAUUUAGCAGCACUUCUCUAACGUUUAGCUCUGUAGAAGACAGCGUCGUCUGCGUCAGUGGAGACUCACUCCCUCCACGCUGCAGCUGCUGAGACAACAUCAGCUCGCCUGUCUUCAACCGUUCCUUCUGUCAGACAAACAUGUAGAAACUCAUGACCUUUGAUUCGACCUCCUCGCAGGGUCCUUGACCCCAGAGGAUCGUCCAGCCCUGUCAAACCCUGAACUCUGGUCGUUUCAGCGUGUCAGCAGCAGCGUCCUCGUCUUCACCGGUGAGCCGAGCCAAACAACCAGAACACACCUGGUUUACACGUUUACCCAUUAAUACUGUUGUUUGGAGGGUCAGUUCACACGUCGUCUCUCAGCCUGUGCCGGUAUCCGCACAUUCAGCCGCUUUCGGUGUGUUUUGCGAUGAACACUGCAAAGAACUAAAACGUUCACGUUUUGACUCAGAACGAGAAAACCCUUCAGACAGAUCAGACUUUGAGUGUGGUUCAAAUCUCCACCAUGUUUCAAGAGGAGUCUUAGAAAAGAAGUGAGACGAAGAGCUCUUGAAACGCACUAGCGUGAGAAAUAAUGUCGCAUUAGCAGACCUGGAGACUUUUCAAUGUGUUUUCACAGGUGUUCGUGAAUUGAUGCUCGGUUUUUGGCCACGCCGUCAUUUCCAGUCCUCACUUUCUUACUUUAUGUGAGACUGUUAUUUCAUUCAAAUCUACAAAAAAAAAGAAACAAUAAUGUGAGUUAGAGAUUUGAAACUUUGGUGCGGCCCGCCGCAAGGUGGAGAAGCUGUGGCUGAAGCCGUUGCUGCCGAGCACAGCUAAGAGACGGCUGUUUCCUGGAUGCCUUGUGUGUGAACUGCUCCUCCAGUGUCUCAGGGUGUCGAGCAUCUGAACCUGCUGUUAUAUCACUCUGAAGCAAACUCUGUUUUUUUGUCCUUGUUCCUUUCAAACGACUGGUCUUUAAAGCUGCAUUGAUUCCAUCUGGCCACCAGGGGGCAGCAGCAGGGCAGUUCGAAACAAUCCGGUUGCUGUGGCCUCACUGAGUUGAGCAUUCAGCUGCUGUGUUGGUGUUCAGCCGUCGCUGAAGGCUCACUGGCUUCGUGGUUACUGACCUCAGGGAGGCCGAGCUAACGGGUCCAGCGACUCUCCGCUCCAAGCAGAACCAAACCCCUCGAUGUAAACCUGACGGGCCUCUUUCCAGCUCUGCUCAACCUUCUGGAAAGUGUAUUUCUCCUGACAUGAUUUCCAGAACCCUGCUCAUGUUAGAAACCACAGCCUCAUCCAGUGGCUGUUAGCAGACCGCUGUUAGCAGACCGCCAGCUGAUUCAUGUAGCUACUAACAGCUGCCGUCGGCUAACAGACGCUAAUCUCUAUUAGCUAACCUGACCAUUCUUCACCAGACGAAGCCCACCCAGCUCGUCCAGGUUUCACAAACCUGUUCUAAAAUGCUUCGAUGGAUUCAGUAUUCAGUAAAAUGUGAGACUGGGAAAUAGUAAUGGUGUCACCACAAACAUUUUCAUGUGUUUAAAGGAGAAAACUCCAGAGUGAAGAAAUAUGCAGACUCACGCUGGAGUUUGGGUUCAGUACUCAAUAUUUCUUUGCGGUGAAAUUAAGACAUGUUCGCUCUUAGUCUCAGCUCUCAGCUGCCUACAUGUCAUUUAAAAUGACAUUAAACCAGCAGAUCCCGCCGGCGGCUCAGCUGCUGUGAUUAAUGCAGCUUUAAAGCGACUUGAAGUAUUGAGCACACCUGAAAGUUAAGCUAUGAGGAAUCUUCCAGGUUUCUGGUGCAGGCUUUACUACAGUCUGAUUUACAUGGUGUUUGUUGGGUCCUCUCACCCUUUUGUUCGUGAGUGUGUGUGUGUGUGAGUGUGAGUGUGUUUCUCAUUGAGACUUUUUGUGUCGCUGUUUCUCUGAAACAAACACUGGCUUUUCAACUCCAAAGGUUGUUCUGUAAAAGAAAUAUGAACAAAAACAACAUGCCUUUCUCACAGAUUGCUCAACUCAGUCAUAAAGGAAAGAAGCAAGCAGAAUCGGGACUCCUGUUUGGGUGGUAGAGAUCACAUGUUUACAGGCAGGUGUCGUGCUCACGUCUGAUCAGCUCUUUUUGCCAUGUGGAAAACCAGAACACGUCUGGGUUCAAUUGGACUGGGUCUUGGUUGCCGCGUCCGGAGGCGGCGGCCCGGCCCUCCUCGCCCCGCCUCGUCUCCGGCGCGGCGGUUCGGGAUGGGUCAGCAUUACAUGGAUUCAAAGUGCACCUCCGAUAUUUGCCUUAGAACUUGCAGAGGCCAUAGUUCACAUUCAAGUGAAGUGAGUGUAUGCAGGGGCCUGGACCCCCAUCCCCAAGUCACCAGUGCGGACUUUUCUCACACUUAUCUACCUGUGAAAUCCUUCAUACCUCUCAUAACUGGUCAAUGACUGUAUCAGCAAACUGCAUCAGGUGUUUUUUCUACAUGCUUUUUACACAGAUUCUAUGGAUUAUUGUAUUAGUAGAUUUUGGUGCAUCAUUUUUAAUGUAAUAGCUCUUAAGCUUGUAGUUCCAGUUGUUGUUUAUUUUUUUCUCUCAUUUUUCUAGAUGACUGUUUUGUGUUAAUAUUGUCGAUUUGAAAUAGUUGUUAUUUGCUUAUUCUCUACUAAGAGUUCUUACCUAAUUUUUAAAUGCUACAUGACGAUAAUUAAAUGACUUAAUAACCAUUGUAAAUACGGUAUUGUGCAAACCCCAUUUUCAUUCAUUUCAAUUGCUAGUGUUAUAUAAAUGACUUUUUUGUCUAGACACCAUUUCUCUUUAUGAAAUAAAGAAUCAUGCAUAUCA